AACUGACCGAGAACCGGAAGCACCAGGCCUCACGGUGGGGCCUGGUGUCUUCCUGCAAGACCGCACAGCCCGCCUGGGGAGCGACAGUAGAAGCCACCUCCAACCAGGCCGGGACCCACGGAGCCGAGUGACAUGCUGGGCUGGCGCCCCCUGCUGCCCGCCCUGAUGGCGCUGCUGCCCCUGGGGUUUGUCCUUCCACAGGAGUGCACCAAGUACAAGGUCAGCAAUUGUCGAGAGUGCGUGCAGUCGGGCCCUGGCUGCGCCUGGUGCCAGAAGCUGAACUUCACAGCGCCAGGGGAACCCGACUCCAGCCGCUGUGACACCCGGGAGCAGCUGCGAGCCAAGGGCUGCCAGGCCGAUGACAUCGUGGACCCCCGGAGCCUGGCCGAGCUGGAGCAGCUGGGAGACCAGAGGCAGCAGCUCUCCCCACAGAAAGUGACCCUCUUCCUCAGACCAGGCCAGGCAGCCGUGUUCAACGUGACCUUCCGCCGGGCCAAGGGGUACCCCAUCGACCUCUACUACCUGAUGGACCUGUCCUACUCCAUGCUGGACGACCUCAUCAACGUUAAGAAGCUGGGCGGCGACCUGCUCCGUGCCCUCAACGAAAUUACCGAGUCCGGCCGCAUCGGCUUCGGGUCCUUUGUGGAUAAGACAGUGCUGCCCUUUGUCAACACGCACCCGGAGAAGCUCAAGAACCCGUGCCCCAACAAGGAGAAGGCGUGCCAGGCGCCGUUCGCCUUCCGGCACGUGCUGAAGCUGACCAGCAACUCUGACCAGUUCCAGACCGAGGUUGGCAAGCAGCUGAUCUCCGGGAACCUGGAUGCCCCUGAGGGCGGGCUCGACGCCAUGAUGCAGGUCGCCGCGUGCCCGGAGGAAAUCGGCUGGCGCAACGUCACGCGGCUGCUGGUGUACGCCACUGAUGACGGCUUCCACUUCGCUGGGGAUGGGAAGCUGGGGGCCAUCCUGACCCCCAGCGACGGCCACUGCCACCUGGAGGACAACAUGUACCGGCGCAGCAACGAAUUCGACUACCCAUCGGUGGGGCAGCUGGCGCACAAGCUGGCGGAGAGCAACAUCCAGCCCAUCUUUGCAGUGACCAAGAAUAUGGUCAAGACCUAUGAGAAGCUCACAGAAAUCAUCCCCAAGUCCGCAGUCGGGGAGCUGUCUGAGGACUCCAGCAACGUGGUGCAGCUCAUCAAGGACGCCUACAGCAAACUGUCCUCCCGAGUCUUCCUGGACCACAGCGCCCUCCCCGAUACCCUGAAGGUCACCUACGACUCCUUCUGUAGUAACGGAGUGUCACUCAUGGGCCAGCGCCGGGGGGAUUGUGACGGCGUGCAGAUCAACGUCCCGGUCACAUUCCAGGUCAAGGUUACGGCCACCGAGUGCAUCCAGGAGCAGUCCUUCGUGAUCCGGGCGCUGGGCUUCUCGGACACGGUCACGGUGCAGGUCCUUCCCCUGUGCGAGUGUCGGUGCCACGACCAGAGCCGCGAGCGUGGCCUCUGUGGGGGCAAGGGCUCCAUGGAGUGUGGCGUCUGCAGGUGUGAUGCUGGCUACAUCGGCAAGAGCUGCGAGUGCCAGACGCAGGGCCGCAGCAGCCAGGAGCUGGAGGGAAGCUGCCGGAAGGACAACAGCUCCAUCAUCUGCUCGGGCUUUGGAGACUGCAUCUGUGGGCAGUGCGUGUGCCACACCAGCGAUGACCCCAACAAGAAGAUCUUCGGGCGGUAUUGCGAGUGCGACAACAUGAACUGUGAGCGCUACAACGGCCAAGUCUGCGGAGGUCCGAAAAGGGGGGAAUGCUCCUGCGGCCAGUGCCACUGCUUCAGGGACUUCGAGGGCUCAGCGUGUCAGUGCAAGAAGUCCACGGAGGGCUGCCUGGACACGCAGGGCGUGGUGUGCAGCGGCCGUGGGCGGUGCGUGUGCAAUGUGUGCCAGUGUGACGACUCCUACCAGCUGCCACUGUGCCAGGAUUGCCUGGCCUGCACCUCACCUUGUGGCCAGCACAUCUCCUGCGUCGAGUGCCUGAAGUUCGGCAAGGGCCCCCUGGAGAAGAAUUGCAGUGAGGCGUGCGGGAACCUGAAGCUGAUGGACAAACCCAUCAAAGGCAAGCCGUGCAAAGAGCAGGACUCGGAGGGCUGCUGGAUGAACUUCACCAUGCGCCAGCUCUACGGGAAGAACAACUACGAAGUCCACGUGUUGGAUGACCGAGAGUGUGUGGAGGGCCCCAACGUUGCCGCCAUCGUCGGGGGCACUGUGGUGGGCGUGGUGCUCAUCGGCGUCCUCCUGCUGGUCAUCUGGAAGGCCCUGACGCACCUGAGUGACCUCCGAGAGUACAGGCGCUUUGAGAAGGAGAAGCUUAAGUCACAGUGGAACAAUGAUAAUCCCCUCUUCAAGAGUGCCACCACAACAGUCAUGAACCCCAAGUUUGCUGAGAGCUAGGAGCCCCUGUUGGGGACAGGACUUUGGGGCUCCUGCAGCCCAAGGCCCCGCCACAGCAGCAUCGUCCGUUUAGCCACGGCCACUGUCCCCUAUCCCUUCACAGCGCCAAGCAAGGUCAGCCUCCCUGUGGCUGCAGGCUCCUGGGAGAGGCAUGAGGAAGGCUCUGCUCUGCUCCCGGCUGUUGCACGCAU